UAUACACGAAAGCAACACUGAGACACAGUUACUAACACGGUAAGCCCUGAAAGAUACACACGCCCCAAAGCAGCAGGUUGCAGUCAUGAAGGUGUUUGUGUUGCUAAUCGCUGCAGUGCUCUCUGGUUGCAAUGCCAACCUCUUCUAUGCUGAUGCUCCAAAGCCAAAGUUAGAAGUGUUGACUGAUGCUUUCUGGGACUACAUUGCCAAGGCCACACAAACAGCUGAUGAUACUCUGGAGAUGAUUAGGAGCUCACCAAUUGGACAGGAAGUUAAUGCCCGCUUGACAGAGAGUGCUGACUUAGCCAGCAAGUAUGCUGUGACCCUGCAGCAGCAACUUUCCCCCGCAGCCGAGGACCUGAUGAACAAGAUCACCACAGAGGCUGACAUGCUGAAAAGCGUGCUGACCCAAGAGCUCAGCUCCGUCAGAGGCAAACUGGAGCCCUACACAGAGAACAUGAAGGCCCAGAUCCAGCAGAGAGUUGAGCAGCUCAAGCAGGAGCUGGCUCCCUACGCAGACUCGCUGGACUCUGAGGCGCUGAGGUCCACUUUGAUUCAAAAGAGCGAAGAGCUGAAGACCAACCUGGAGCAGAGCGUGAAGGACCUGCAGGCUCAACUGGGGCCCUACACAGAUGACCUGAAGCAAAAGGUUGACCUGCACCUGGAAGCGUUCCAGAAAAGCGUAGCCCCCAUGACCGAGAAGGUCCAGGUAGAACUGACCCAGAGAGCCAGUCUGGUGAAGCAAAUUGUGGCUCCCUAUGCUGAGGACCUGAGAGAGAAACUGGACCCCUACGCUCAGGACCUCCAGUCCCAGCUCAUGUCUCUCUACCAGUCAUUUGUCGAAGCCAACUAAGUCAUCUUCAGCCUCUGCAGACAUAGUUUAACACAAUCCUGAAAAAGCGUUCCACCACCAACCAUAUGGAGGAUGAACAUCGAGAUACCAAUGUUGUACUGUAAAUGAAACCAAACUGUCUGAAUAUCCACGUUAUAUUUAUUGCUGAGUACUGAAAAAGAAGCAAGACCCUGCACUUGACCACAUGUAUAUAUAUGCUGUUUAUUCUGUGUUGUGGAAAAAAAUUGUGAGCAUUUUUGUAAUUUCUUUAAGUUAUCUAAAAUAAAAUACUACGUAAAAAUGUC